AUGUCAACUAGUUUGCCCGAGCAGGUUCUUAAUGAUCUAGGUCCACCUAUCGAUUGGCAAUAUGAAAUGAGACGAGAGGCGCAACAAAUCUUGCCCUCGAUUUAUCUCGGACCUUACCAAGCCAGCCGGGAUUUAGCCAGUCUAGAAACACACGGAAUCACGGACAUCUGUUGUAUCUCGGAAUCCAGAGAAGCUCAUCUGUUCAGACCCCGCUUUCCCGAUCGGUUUAAUUACUUGACUCUCGAUAUUCGCGACGCGACAGACCAACACCUCAUAUCAAUCUUCCCAAGAGCGAAAGAGUUCAUAGAUACAGCCCUCCAACGGAAUGGAAGAGUGCUCGUACAUUGCGGAGAUGGUCUGAGCCGGUCACCGGCCAUAAUGACAGCAUAUGUCAUGGCGAGCUACAACGUGUCGUCUGAAACUGCAUUCCAUUUUGUGCAAUCACGGCGAUUCUGUGUCUCUCCCAACAUCGGCUUUCUGCAGCAAUUAGAUGCGUACGAGCCGAUCUGUCAGGCGACUCGUUCGAUGGCCCAGUUCCAUAAUCCGACUCCUGAUCGACCGAACAUUCGACGGAAACGAUCCGACGAAGAGCCCGGCUCCGAAUCCUCGUCAAGACCGGCUCCUGGGAUCGAUGUUCAGGCCCAACAAGAACUUCCGACUUGGGGCACUAAUCUACGAUAACAUAUUCAUCCAUCCAGGUCAACCAAAAAAUCAAAACCCCCCCUGUCAAGUACCUCCUCCCUUGUAACUCUGCUGUGCA